AUGAACUCUUAUCCUGGUUUUAAGGUAAAUCGUAAGGAAUUUAAACCGUUACUGCGGUCAGGAUUCAGUGAUAGCGCACUUCAUAAAAGCGCCGUAAUAAAUGGAUUUCCCCCACACCGUCCGAAAAAAGUUCAGCAUAAACGUCACAAGAAGAAAUUCGUUGGAGCAAUGAUGUGGAAUAAGUCUUCAAAGAACGGCCCAAGUAGCAGUGACUCCGAAGACAACUCUGAAGACGACGACGAUGACAACGAGGCGUACGACUACGUCAGUCUAUUCCAAAUUUGUAUGAACUAUUUGUUUCCCAGGGCGUUUCCCAUACAGCCCGUGUAUUGGUGGAUCAAGUCCGCGCAGUCGGUGUCGGACUUGAGAGAAAAAAGCGCUGGAAAAAUAUUGUCGCCGGUGGGCCGGUGCUCGAUAUUCCCGGAAGGAGUGUUCGUGCAAUCUACCUCGGAGAAAGACGUAACGAAAAUAUAUUUUCCCGGCGUUAAAGAAAUGUUCAAGGCUUCAAACCGUUCUAUUCGAAAUAUUAAAUAA